GGACACCGGUCGCCCCAGUGUCAUAGCGGGGCUAACAAGGCGGUACUGGCAUUUUCCAGCAUAACAGAAAGGCGGAGGAUGUCUGUGGCAGCUCUUCGUUUGAUCCGCUGUCGGAGACUGAGCACAGCUGGGCGGUCUGGAGUGAAAAAAGUGUUUCAGUGGAAAGAUCUGAGAAAGGUUGCUAAAGUCACUGGUGCAGUUGUCUUUGGGGGUUGUCUGUUUAUCACAUAUGAAGUGGUGGCCUUGGACAAGGCCGUGACCAUUGACACCAGUGCUAUUCUUCAGGAGAAGUACAAGUCUUACAUUUAUCUGAAAGCCACUCCCUCAGAUGAAAAGGAUAACCUUACUGCAGGGCUUACACAUAAAGCAAGGAGGGAACUUCAUAAAGCUGCAAGGCGGUUUCUUGAGGUGUCAUCACGGCUUUGGCUGCAGUCACUAGAUGAGCACUUUAGUCAUGUGGAUGCAGACCCACAUGAAGUGGCAUUAUGGGUCUUACUGAAGAGGACACAAUCUGCCAAUAAAGCUGUCAGACUCCAGGCUGUGCAGGAGCUUGCAGACAAUCACCACUGGCAUGACUACCAGUACCAGACAGCAGCCCAGGUUAUAGACCAGAGAACAGCUGUGGGUCUAGCUCGAACUCCUCAAGUAGACCUUCGAUUCUUCCUGCGCUCACCCUCACUGCCAGACCCAGAGGAUGGGUUGUCGGCAGAGGAUGAACUUAGGCAGCUCCUGGGCUCUCUGCCUCAGUCUGAGGUGGACAAAUGUGUUCAGUAUUUCACCUCACUAGCACUCAGAGAGAGCACCCAGUCUUUGGCAGCACAAAGGGGUGGAUUGUGGUGUUUUGGUGGAAAUGGGCUGCCUUACGCACAGAGCCUCACAUCUGUUCCCUCUGAGAAGGUGGAGUCUUUCUGUCUGCAGGCUCUGGUUCAGCACUCAAAGGUACAGAGCCAUUGUGACCACAUAGUUGCCAAUGGGGGUCUGCAGCUCCUGCAAAGGGUUUAUCAGCUUCGCAGAGACUCUCUGAAGAUUCAACGGAACAUUGUUCGUAUUAUAGGAAACUUGGCCCUUAAUGAGAGUGUUCACCAGGCCAUCACACAGUCCGGCUGGGUUUCUGUCCUGGCUGAGAUGAUGCAGUCUCCUCAUGUCAUGCAGGCAUCUCAUGCAGCCCGCGCUCUGGCAAACCUGGAUAGGGAGACGGUCAAGGAGAAAUAUCAGGAUGGUGUUUAUAUACUCCACCCACAAACACGUGGCAACCAGGAAAUCAAAGCAGAUGUGCUUUUCAUCCAUGGGAUUCUCGGAGCAGCUUUUAAGACGUGGAGGCAGAAGGACCGAGAUGCAUUAGAAGAAGAGAAGGAGCCAGAAAACGAGGAUGACUACGCAGAGUGCUGGCCAAAGUCAUGGCUGGCUGCUGAUUGUCCUAAUCUGAGAGUACUAUCAGUAGAAUAUGACAGUCACCUAAGUGACUGGAUGGCCAAGUGUCCUGCCGAGAAUCAGAGGAAGUCCUUGGCCUACAGAAGUCAAGAGCUGCUAAAGAAGCUGAAACUGGCAGGAGUAGGAGAAAGGCCUGUGGUCUGGGUGGCCCACAGUAUGGGAGGGUUGCUUGUCAAGAAAAUGCUGCUGGAUGCAGUGGAGGACCCUGAUAUGCAUGAACUAUUAAAGAACACAAAGGGCAUUUUGUUCUAUAGUGUUCCUCACCAUGGCACAUUUAUGGCAGAAUACUCUGUCAAUGUCAGAUAUCUCCUCUUUCCCUCUAUAGAAGUCAGAGAACUUUGUAAAGACUCACCAGCACUGCGCAACCUGAAUGAGAACUUCCUGAACAUGGCCAAAAAGAGGGAAAUCCAGGUGCUGAGCUUUGCAGAGACGCUGCCAACAAACAUUGGUCCUAUGAUCAAGAUACUGGUGGUGCCAACUCAGUCAGCAAGUCUCGGUAUAGGAGAGCUAAUCGAGGUUGACGUCGAUCAUCUCAACAUCUGUAAACCAGAGAAGAAAGACUCAUUUCUGUACAAGCGAAGCCUCCAGUUCAUCCAGGAAGCCCUGCAGAGCUACAUCACCCACUGAAUUAAAUAUCUCAAUACAAACGCACAAACUGGACCUACUGUAUACUUGAAAUGGUGGAGAGCACUGUCACCUCCCUAACACCAAACCAAAUAGUUAACCUAUCUGCCUCUCUGUGUUACAUAUUUACAUAAACAUCCACUAAUAUGAUACAAGUGUGAUUUGGGGAAAUAAAGGUGUUUUAAAAUUAGAUUUCUGUGAGGAUUUGUCACUUGUGAUGACUAAAACCUGAGUGUUCAAUUUGUUCCUCACUAGUAAGUCAGUUGAAUAAAAAACAGAUUUAAUAUGUGAAGAUCACAAUUGCCAGAACGCUGUCAUCAUGAAUUAUUAUUUAAUUUUUUAUUUUUUUGGCACUUUUUUUCAUCUUGAACAUGCAAGCUUAACAUUUCACAUAAUGCCCUUAAUGUAUUCACUUAAAGAUGCACUGACCAUUGCCACUCAUGUUCGUCAGUAUUUCAGAUGAGAGUGAUGGAUUAAGAUUGUAUUUUUUUUAUUGAUCUAUUUUAUUAUUACAAAAAGUGUGACAGUCACAUUAUCUGCCAAAACAUAUUCCUUACUUAACCUUACCUCGACUGGACCUAUAUGAAUAUCUGUUUAGGUUGCUUUAUUUAUUUUAAGGGGCCUGUUCAAACAGUUGGACUUUAAUCUCCAUGUGUUUUGUCCCAGUUGCCACUAGCAAUGCUUAAAGUUAAUAAAUGAAUGAGGUGGAGGCUUAAUUUCAA